AUGAGUUUCUUUUUCGGUCGUGCCGCCUUUUUCUUUUCGCUAGAGGAAAAUAUCGAUCCUAUCCCAACGCUUGCAGGGAUGAAUCAUCUUGUUGACACGAUUUCCGUGAAUUCAAUUGGACAGGGUUUGUAUAUCCAGGACUGGAUGGCGAGAACCGAUCGGAUUCCUUCCAUUUAUGAAGAAGGUGCCCCGCCCAUGACGGAUCUUGACCGGGAAGUGCAAGAACCUGAUCUGCAUAUGAAUAAUACCCCUUUGGAUAUGGAUUUGAUCCAUCUUUAUUUUGAGCAUGUACAUCCCUAUUUUCCCAUCGUUCAUCGCACCACUUUUCAACAACAACUCCAGCGGCCAAAACCAUGCAUUCUUCUGUUGAACGCCAUGUAUGCUGUAGCAUCCCGGUGGAAGUCAACACCACCCUCCUCAACCGAUACUCCCGGUUGGCGUUAUUACCAAACAGCGUUAGGCCUGAUCGAUAUUUAUACGGAUGCACCCCGCUUAACCACCGUACAAGCGCUCCUGCUGCUCGUCAAGUACCAUGAACACGUACGACGCCCAGGUUUUUUCUGGCGCACCCAUUUUUAUUUUCAAAUCAUAGUACGCAUGUGCAAAGAUCUUGGAUUGCCGCGUGAAGUGCCUCGCACCGUACAAGCCAGCGCCGUUGAACUCGAACUACGAAAACGAACCUUUUGGGCAGUAUAUAUUUAUGAUAACAUGAUGAGCACAGAGCAAGGAUCUCAAGCAAGUUUUGAUGUUGAUACAUGUACUGUUGACUAUCCCAAUCGAUUGCCUGACGAGGAGCAAGAUCUGAUGAUCCACUUUCACUGGCUGAGUAAAGUUACCCGUCUCCAUGGAGCCGUGUUGCAAUUUAUGCGAGAAAAGUACGGCGGACAAGAGGAAGAAAGAAUGGAUCAAGCCAUGAAUGAAGAAAAGGAAUUCUCAUCACUCCAAACACAUCUUGAAAGCCUGACAAACCACCUCACAAGAACCAUUUCGGUCCCAGAAGCAACAGAGACUGGCCCACCUGCAUCGCGAUUUCUUUACCUCGCGUUUCAUUUUGUCACCAUCCUUUUGCAUAGACCGUACGCUUUCAAUGAUGCACAGGACAAAUACGAUCCGACCACUCAUCGGAAUCACUGCGUGGAAUCCGCGACAGUUAUCACGGAUAUCGUACAGACAUUGAUCAGCGAUGGCGUGGCAUGUCUGUACUACGCUUUUCGAGGGAUCCAGCAGAUAAUUCAUUAUUUGACAGCGGCGUUGACGAUUCAUCGUCUUUGCAACCACAGUAAAUAUGAGCAGACGGUCCGAUUACUGAAACAGUUGUUAGAUAAAACCCCGGCGACUGAGCUGGAUGCUGACUAUCGUCAUGAGGAUCAGUCGUUUACCGCCUCGUGGACUGGUUCUCGCAACAUAUCGAAUUCGCCCUCGGCCAAAUCCUCUCCCGUACUCGAAGGUAGAGAGGCAUCGCCUACGCCAAGCGCAGUCAAUAAACUACGAAGAACCCAGCCAAAUGUGAUGGCCAAUGCGAACCGAAAUUUUCACCCAAAUUUACCUGGGUCAGGAACACCCGAUAUGUCCGUAUGGAUGCAAUCGAGUGCGACCAUCACGGAUCCAGAAGCAAUGCAGCGAUUAGGAUACAUGAUGAAGCCCUACGCACACCAUCGGCUUUCUGCGCCUUUACAAAACCCAUCCAUGAUGCCACCGCCUCAGACAAUGCAACUAUCAUUGCAACAAAUGGGCAGUUACUCACAGCCCGUAUCACCCACCGUGGGCUAUUUUCCUACAUCGUCCUUUGAAACUGAAGAACUGCUCGGUCGGCCCCAUCCUCUGCAACAACAGCAGUACUCUCGACUUCGGAGUACGCCGUCCUACGAAGCGUUGGCACAACAAGCAUCGCCGCGUGAUACGUACAUGACGACUACACCAGCCCACCAUCGACGACAUACGGUAUCCACCCCUUUUCAUCAACAACAACAACACCACCUAGUCACGUCUCAACAAAUUACCGCUACUUCUCCUUCACAAGAUAUGAACUCGAUUCAUCAACUGCAUACCAUGGACCUUUCCGGCCCUCAACCAACAAACUUUCACAUGAGCAGUGCAUAUCCUUAUAUGAUACCACCCAACGAAAAUCCCAUCAUGUUGGAUCCAUCAGCCAUGAUGCUUACCGAACCAUCAUCGAAUGCUCCUGGUCAAUCAAUGAUGGGAUUAUUGAUGGAACAAGACACACCAUGGGAUUUCGCACCCUCAUCCACAGGAUAA